UCCGACGGUGUUGUUGUGCCCUGUGGCCGACUCAUUGAAGCCAAACUGCCCCAGCGAACGAGCCUUCUCUACAAUGAGUACGUAGUCUACCGAUACGACCAGGUUCGCCUCCGCUACCUUGUCCAACUGCGUUUCAGCUUCAAGUACUAA